AUGUCAUCUUCCACCGAAACCCAAGAAAUAAUAUCGGAGCUGAAGAGAAGCAAUGCGCGGGUUCCUUGGUGCGACGAAUACGAAAAAAUGAUAAGUGGAAUGAGCUUUACGGCCUCGAGAUCUCCUGAACUCCAAGACCAUAAACUCCGAACACUUAGAUCGCUGAACGAUUUCAAUGAUACAAUGAUUCCGGAAGGAAGUACGCUCGCAUCAUCAAAAGCCCGGCGUAUGACAGUUGCUAAAGACCUCCUGGGUAAAAUGGGAGAGAGAGUAAAUAUCGAACCGCCCUUCUUCGUUGGAUGGGGCUGUAACGUCUCUAUUGGGGAUGAUGUAUACAUCAACCGCGAAGACCUCUGGAUUCACAGUGCAUCCCUCUUUGAUAAUGCUUUUAUCCGAAUCAAUGAUCGCGUUCUAAUCGGUCCUGGCGUAUGUAUCUGCACGGGUACACAUCAUCCCGGGGCAAAAGACCGAAGAGAACACAGUGGGACUUCUUUUGCUCGCCCAAUAAUUAUCGAAGCAGAUUGUUGGGUUGGUGCCCGGGCUACUAUUCUGGACGGUGUGCGUAUUGGGUCGGGUACUACAAUUGCCGCGGGAGCUGUGGUGACACGCGAUAUUGAACCACGAUGUCUUGCUGGUGGUGUACCUGCGAGAAUUAUCCGUAGAUUUGAGGAUGAUGAAAAUGUAGAAGGGUAA